AUGAUUGUUGAUUUGUUAAGAGAAUGGUGGAUUUGGAACUGUUUACAAGGAUCAGUUAGAUUCAGAGAAGAACUUGAGAAUCUUUUCUCAGCUGCAAUUCCCCCUGACAAGAAUGUUACAAAAUCAAAAUCUGCUCCAAUUGCUAAUAAACCAGAAAAACUUCAACUGAUUAAUCAUAGACGAGCAUACAACGUUGAGAUCAUGCUUUCAAAGGUGAAUAUACCUUUGCAUGAACUAAUGGAGGAGGCUGUUGAUGACAAAGCACCACAAUCUGAAAGAGGCAUCAAGUCACGUGCAAUUCUUGGUAGACAGAAUAUUGAAGUUGAAUCGGGUCUCGGUCCAUAUGAGAUUGAAUAUGAUGAAGAGUGGCUAGCAAUCACCCGUAGAAAGGUUCAUGGUGGUCAGCAGUCCAUGGUUGAUGAAAGCGAAUAGCUUUGGAGUUAGAAGAGGAAAAGUAAGCUCAAGCUGAAAGAGAUAAGAUACUACAAAUGCAAGUGUUCCAUUCUCCAUUUCAAUUGUUAGUAUGAAACACAGAGUAGAUUAGAUGAAUGCAAAUUUAUAUAUUGUAAGAAAUAGAAUUGUAUGACAUUAAAUUUUAUGCAACGGAUUGUAUUUUUUAUAUGGUAUUUUAUUUCUAUUAUGAGACAGUAAAUGAAAAUUUAAUUUAAAAAUUAAUAAAUAUAUAAAUAGAUUUUUUUUAAACAUUUAAAUUUACGAUACGCAAAAAUGUGUGUCAUCUUCAUUUAUGACA